AUGGCACCAAUACAGAGGAAUGGCAGAGUCACUGAAGUAGAAUCCUUCUACCAUACCUAUCGCUGCGUAGUGACAAAAGUGAAAUUCACCAUGUUUUUAAGGAUCGUUUUACUUCUUCUUCUCGUGACUGGAACAUUAACACAGGACUUAGGUUUUGACCUGGGAGAUGCUAUCGAUGAUAUAGCUCCAACACCUGCAAAGCCCAAAGAGCAACCGAAGGCCCCAGAUAAUGAUGGUGGCUUUAACUUUGAUUUAGGAGAUGCUCUCGGCCCAGAACCCACCCCCAAAACUGACAAACCAGCUGUUAAACCACCAAAGAGUGGAGGAGGUGGCUUUGGACUGGAUUUGGAGGAUGCCGUCGGCCCAGACCCCAGCGCCAAACCUGAAAAACCACCUGUUAAACCACCAAAGAGUGGAGGAGGUGGCUUUGAUUUUGACUUGGAGGAUGCUCUCGGCCCAGACCCCAACCCCAAACCUGACAAACCAGCUGUUAACCCACCAAAGAGUGGAGGAGGUGGCGGAACUUUUGAUGACUCAGACUUGUUUGACAUUAAUGACGGGAGCUACAAGCCUGAUGGAGGCCGCUCAGGAGGUUCAGGUCGUGCGGGGGACCCUGGCUCCGAUCCUCAGGGUGGUGCUGAUCAGCCUCAAGAAGCUGGAUCCGGACAGAUUGCAGGGAUUGUCAGCGCUGUUGGAGUCGCUCUGUUAGGAGCAGCAUCCAGUUACUUUGCUUACCAGAAGAAGAAGCUCUGCUUUAAGCUGCAGGGGGGGGCAGAUCCAGAGAGCGGUAAAGGCCACAGUGGUGCUCAGUCUGAUCCUCAAGUGUUCAGCAACCUGCUCAGGACGUCCUAGACACCCUCUGCACACGCACAAGACAAGUCAGUGGCCUUCUCUACAAAACUCCUCUUCGUUCAACCUUCAGUCGAAACUUUCUCCGUUUAAUGUGUAAAUACAACUUGAUUUUCUGUUCACUAAACAAAACUCGAUCCCCAUCGACGGUGGGGCUGCUUUGAUUACCUUGCUGAGGAUUUCAGCAGAUGGUGAUUUUGCACAGAGCUUUGUGUUUUUGUUCUGUGUCUGUGUGCAACUACUGUACACAUGAAUGCAUUGUUUUCUUUUCCUAAUAUGUCUUUUAAACCUUAACACUCUAGUAACUACAAAAAGGUGUGUUUAGCUUAACAUAGGUGCUAUGUGGGUAGGGUUCACGGCAUCAUGCAAGUCAAAUCAGGUGUUUGUUACAGAAAAGAUGUUCUGAAUUAAAGCCUUCUUGAUUGUGGCAGACCCCCCCUCCCCCAGCUGGCAUUUAAGAAGGAUCGAACAAAGCUUUUGUGUUUUUACCUGUUUGGAUCAGAAUGGAUGUAGAGUAUUUUCUUUAGCACCUUAAAUCCUAAAGGGUUUGUUCACCCAAAUCACAAAGAAAAGAACAUGUAUAGUAUCUAGCCUUUGUUUUGUUCUUGUCUGUUUUUUCUCUUUGUUUGUUGUGAACUGACCCUUUAAUGCACACCUCAGUAUGGCUAAACCGUAUAUCGUGAAUUCUCAAACUCAAUCAGGUAUUCAAAUGUCGACAAGGGGCGUGGCCAGCUCUAACAGCUAAUUAAGGCCGGUAAAAACAUUAAGCAGAGGUGGAAUCACCUGUAUCUCCGUGGCUCACAUAUGAAACUCAGCAUGAUGUGCAUUUCCACAGCACUAAUUCCAUCAGUUCACUGUUAAGCUACCGUCAGAGAAUCUUGAGACUUCCUGCAGAUGUUUUAGAGUAAAAGCCUACCAGGAACAAGAGAUUGAGGCUUUGUCCCCCCAGCUGCUAGGAGGCUUUUAAUGUGAAAGGUACGUCUAUGGAAAUAUAGAAUUUAAUUUGCGGCAGGUUAACAGCAACUUUAAGAAAAAGUGUAAACUAUUGGGUGAGAACAUUGUUUUUAUUGGAGAAGACAAACUCUAUGAAAUGUACAGUGUAUUGAAUUUACCAAGAAAACCUGUAAACACAGAGGUAGAUUGAUUACUUAAAAGGCAUACUAGGUAGGAUUUUCCAAGAGUAAAAGCAAUGUAUAGACCCAUAAAAACAUAAUCCCUGUCAAUCAUCACCCACUGAAAGUGUGUAUCUGCACAGACCCUGUAGCCCUCAGGGUCUGAGGUCGGAGUUCUAUAAAAAUGUAAUGGCACAUUGCAGUUUCUGACUCUCUCCUCUGCUCUCCAGCACUGGCACAGCACUGAAACGAAGUGUGGAGAUAGACACUAUGAAUGUAUAAAGAGAUGCGGUCUGUGUGUCUGUUUGACCGAGGGAAGGGCUGAGCUACCGCAGACAGUGCAGCUUUGGCACAAAAUCCAGUAAUGCGCACCUUAUGCAGGAUUGUGCGGAGGUGUAACUGCUGUGAAACAAUCAAAAAAUAACUAUUAUUAAUUAUAAAUAAUAAUUAUUUCUCUUUUCUCUAUUUCUGCUUUGUUCUCAGUCCCUCACUCCUAUUCACUGUCUACAUUGUUCUACCAUCGCUGCUCUCAGUUAAAUUGGGAAGGAGGGGCAAACUUUAAAACACCAACAGAAAGAUCCUGCAUAGUAUGCCUUUGAACAUGGUAAAAUAUACAAAGAAAAAAUGGGAAUUACAAAUGAAGGCCUGCCUAAAAUAAAAGUUGUACUUACUGUUAUCCUUUUUACAGCAUAAUACAAAUAUGUUUCUAGUUGCAUUGACAUAAUCAUCACUUACUGGAUCUAAAUCCAGCAGAAGGAGCUUUCUAAUAUAAAAUGCUGAUUGUGAUGCAGAUAGAGGUUACACAAAGCAGAAACUGACUACAUGUAUACAUCCACUAAGUGUACGCAAUUUAGAGACGGGUCAUUGUAAGUGAAAUUGCUUAUGGUCUUUUGUAUCACAUAUAAAAAUGUAAUAUACAGUAUAAAAAUCUGCUUUUUGUUUUGUCGUCAUGUUGGAGACUGAUCCUAAGUCUGUGCACUGCAAAAUGAAUUUUUGUCUGUAAUGUGAGUUAAAUCUUAUUUUCUUAAAGCUGCACCAAUCAAUGCAGCAGAUAUUUUCUGUCAGGAGAGAUCUAAGUACGAGAAUAAUAAAUAUCAUCCUCACAUUCAUCAGGCGCGGAUGCUGCUGUGUCGGCUGGCAACCCUGUCUCCUAGAAAUUACGUUUAAUAAAACAUACCACAAUUUCCCCAAAACAAAGCCAUUAUACAACCACAUAGUAUUGAAAGAUUAUGCAAAAUGAGACAUGCUGUGACCGUUUUACUGAUACGUUAAGUAUCAACAUUUUUGUGUUAAUUAACAUUUCCUUAUUAUGUUCAUCAAAAACAUUCAGUUGGCGUUAUGUUUCCCUCAAAAUGUAUUUGCUGUUGUGAAUUAGUUCCAUAUAAACUUAAUUUCUAGGAGACAGGGCUGCUGCUGGAUGUGUACACAGGCAACUGUUUGCUAACAUGUUAGCCAUCCUUAGAAGGUGUUCCACCGCCCCCUAUUAAUAAAAAAAGAAUAAAUAAAGCUUUAAAACAAGUGAAACAUGAAACAAGCAACAUGAUUUUUGUUGUAUUUUUUCCACACCGACAUUGUUUUGGCUCGUUUUAGGAAAAUAAGGUUUUUAGGAAUUAAUCGUAGACAGAAAUGACAUGAUGAGAUGGAGAUGUAUUGUAUUUUAUCAAUUGUAUUAUUCAGCUUGACGCUCUUUUCGCUCCAAGGCCAUGCUGAUGCACUUCUCUUGGUGGUGAUCUCUUCCGAUCACCACCAAGUUCUCUGAAUUUUGUUAUUCAUGUCUGUUCGCCUGUGUGUCAUCCGUUUGUUAGAAUCACAAAUGAGCACAUAAAGUAUCAGAAAAACUAUUUUAGGUUAGAGAAUUGUUGUUAUGAUGCUGAAAUAUGAAAAUGAGUUGCAGCCUUGUGAGCUGUAAAUACUUGAGAAUGAUGUGCAUAGAUGCCUGCUGACUUUUGCUUUAGGCUUGAUGCUGCCGUGUGCUUUGAGCAUUUCAUUAUAAGGAACAGUGAUCUGGAUUUGAAGUGUAUUUUUUUUGAUUUUUGUAUUCAAAUGUGUCUCAGUUUUACAAGCAUAGACUUAAUCCAGGUAUAUUACAUCUAACGAUUGGAUCUGAGUGUCGAUUUAAAGCGUGUACGUGUUUUCAAUAAAGUGGUGUUGUACAGUU